AUGGCGUUCAAUCCACCGGACUAUUUGUCAAUACCCGGAGGAGAUGGCUCCGUUCCUGCAAGCCAAUCCAUGCGCAACCCCUUACUAAGACCACUUGAAGGUAGCGAACUUGGUGCUACAUUUUUGAAACAUCAAGAGGUAUCUUCAUUCUUAAAAGGUGCGCAACCAGGACGUAUGGUUGGUGAGGUACUUGGGAUGUGUCCUGCAAAGGAGAUACGCCAAAAGUUGGAAAUGAACACUGCUAGUGAUCUAGAACGUGCAUCAAGUUCUAAGAUUAACCCACGGUUAGCAUUAAAAAGCUUUCAAAGAUCAGAUGCAAGUAAAGUAUUCAAACCAGAAGAAACAAGACCAGCAGUAUGGUGCCGUCGUACAAUAUUCAAUAUUUUGUGCUACUAUGUAGAUGCAGACCUUAUACGGAAGCCAUACCUAAUGUCGAAGAACUUCUCAUACCUUGAUGUCUACAAUUUCUUGAGGGACCGGCUUCGUAGCAUAUGGCAGGAUUUGACGGUACAACAUUGCGCUAAACAUCGGGCAUAUAUCGAGUGCUUCGAGAUAAGUAUCCGGUUCCUAAUCUACUCGAAUGAAGUGUUAUGUGAAAAUGAGGAAUAUGACAUUGCGCAGAAUCGGGGGCUGAUGAAUACAUGCCUCGACAAACUAAUGGAAGGAUAUGAAGCUGUACAUAAAUAUAAGACUUUGAGGCAAUCUAAACGUCAUACGGCAUUGUGUUCCGAUAAAUAUCCGAACUAUAACGAAGUUAUGGAUGUUUUGGUAUACAGUUCACCUCAUGAACCAGAGUUUUGGGGAUACAGACUCUUGAUGCAUAUUCCACAGUUACUUUUACCGGGUGGUUCUGCAACAUUCUGUGAUAUUAGACAGCGUAUGCCACCGGAGUUGCGCGAAAAUGCGUUGGUGCGAUUUGCUAUCGAGGUUUGCCAUUCGGCAGCAGCAGGUAAUUUAUACCGUUAUUUCACACUCAUGAGAGCUGAAGAGUGCCCGGCAUUAUAUGCUGCACUUAUGAAUAGGUUUGCUAUAUGUUUACGUGUCCAAUUUCUAGAGACCUUGGUUACACGUAAAAUAGCAAAACGACAUGUUAAUCCAUUGGAUAUCGAUACUUUUAAUGCCCUGUUUGGAUUUGAAGGCGAACCUCCAUCAAAUGCUGAAAAGAUGCUUACAAAGUAUGAUAUAACUGUAUAUUCAACGGAUGAUAAAAAGUUUCUGGAUCUAGAAACUGUUAAUGCAAAUCAAUUAGGAUACGAUAGAGCGUUACUACAGAAACUUACAAACAAAUUCCAAACAAGUAGUAGUAUUGUUCGUGGUAAACUUGAUAGUUUCGAAUCACGACAGCUCGUUUUUGACCCGGAUUUUGAAUAUCCAGCUGGAACAGGCCCUGACACAUGUGGUACGCCGUUUGUUCCCGAGGAGCCGGUGGAAAAGGCACCUGUAACUACAACAUCACCAAAUAUUGCUGGAUUUGGUAUGGGCACGUUCCAAGGUUUCAAGCCGUUACCAAUACCCGGUGGGAAUAAUAUGGCUAUCCCUGCAACUGGGUUCAUGUCCAAAGUGACGCCUUCAGGGUUCGAGGCGCCGGUAUUUGGUACAUCUGGGUUUGCUUUCGGGUCCGCCUCAACCAAUACCGAAUCUAAACCGUUCACUUUGUUUGGCUUCUCUACACCGGUUACUGAAGUUAAACCUGCGACAACGGAUACCACGCCGCAAAAAACAUUCGGUAACAUAUUCGGUACCGCUUCUAGUAUCACUAAUGUAAACCCAUUUGCCGCGGUUUCCACGGUUGAUGGAAAAUCACCAGUCAAACCGUUCAGUUUUGGGCCAAUUUUCGGUACAGUGGCAAAAGAUAGCAACCCUUUUGCUUUCACCCCGCCAUCGGGGUCUUCGGGUUUCGAUGUUAACCCUUUCGGUGCUGUUUCGACGUCACCGGAUGUUGCUGUGAAACAAAGCGUUGCUACGUUGUCAACAAACGAAGAUGGAGAUACUCCAAAACCAUUUUCCUUUUUGCAAUCAAAACCCAUUGGGAGCGAGGGUAUCAUGCCACUAUUUUCACCACCCGUACAAGAGGCUGCCACAAAGCAGCCUCCAUUGCCAUUAUUCUCCAUACCGAAGAAUGAUGAUAUAGCGAAACCGGCGGAUGAUAGAGUCCAACCAUCGGAGAACAUCGACUCGGUGGAACCUAUUUCUAAAAGUCGUGUUCCAACAGUGAGUGAAACAGAGAAAACGGAACCGCCGCUGUUUCCAUCAGUUGCUCUAGAUACUAAUGAUGAUCAAUCCACCCCUGUUGUAUCAAGCAGUGGUACCACAGGGUUGUUUGGUGUGCCUAAGGUUACAUUCGGUAUCCCGGAGAGUAAGUCAGGGCACAAGGAUAAGCCAGAGACGUUAUCGGCGGUGUCUAAGCCCUUGCCUGCACCGAAGCCAACGACCACUGCUAAAAAGUUAGUGGUUUCGAUAACACAACCGGUUGUUGAAAGUGUGAUGAAACGAUACCAACGAUAUAAGUCACUGAAGCAUGUUAAGGUGAAGAAACCUAAAGUGAGCCGUGAUAUCAACGUAGCACGUAUAUCUGGUACUUCACAGUUGCCUUCUGGGUACCGUGUACUAUCCAAUUUCCGUGCUAUAGUUGCUUCUAUAAUCAAGAGUGUUUUAGGCGGUGGGAAAGUAUCGUCCUCUCAGGACGAACGGCCAUUAAACAGCUGUGUAUCAAAUCCGCAUACCAAGCGUCGAUGUCGUCGUAGUAUAAUGUCACCUACUUCCGAUGCCGAUGAGAGUUUGAAGGGUAGCGAAAAUGUUGAGAUGUUAUCUGCGGUACCAAGGGUUCAAUUCCAAAACUAUACGAGUGAAUUAAGUUUACGGGAUGUUAGUACGCAUCGAGGAUUAGAUGUUAUUUAUCUUAACCGUCGUGGUAGUCAACGUUUUUUGAUGAAGAGAUAUGUUGAUCAUUUGUUGGAUCGUGGCAUCAUGCGUAUAAUCACACCUUGCUAUACAUGUGUCUCGUGUUGCGAGGGUAGCGAUACCGAUCUGUUUAAAAUACUAAAUUCCCUUGGUUACACCUCUGUUAAAGUGACCCUUAGGCUCUGUAGAGUUCUGGGUUUUGUCAUACGCCGGACAGCUAGAAUGACCAAGGCAGUUGCUACGUACAUCGGUAAGAGGUUAAGGGAUAAGGAUGAUUAUUCCAUUGUGGCCAGUGCUACCGAUGCUCUUGGCGAUUUGAGCUACAUGGAUGUGUAUCGGGUAACCGAUGGUGCAUUCAAGGAGCUUGCAAGUUCCACAAGGGCACAGGCUUUGGCAACUGGGAGGUACAUUGCCAGUGUCUAUGACGGUUCCUCCAGGUUACUGAACAGGAUAACAGAUUUUGUUAACCGUUCUAAGGAAGAUAGCAGUUACCCGUUAGAAUCACUUUUGCGGAUGACAAUAGAACAUAUCGGUGACCUUAGCAAGGGUACACAUGCGGCAUUAGUGGAAACGGUAAAUAACAGUAAUAAGGUCCAUGAUAGAGAUAUUUGGGCUGCUGGUAUACUAUGGCAUGUAUCUUUUUUCAACCCUCUGGCGCUACGUAGCGAGUUGGUAGCUUCCGGUUAUAAUGGCGACAAUGAUACAUUUGCGGAGGAUCUCAUCAGCCGGUAUAUUGCGGACUACCAAGUAUCGGAUUAUGCUCUAAGAUUGAAGGAGGAUGUGUUACAUAUGGCUGGUUUUGACAUGGCGGCAGAUAGGCUUUUACCUGGUAUAGUUGGGUAUAAGCGUAGUAUGGUCCACUGCUGUAGCGCAAAAGCAAUCGAGACUCGAACCAAGAAAGGUGAUGUCAAGUGUUCAAGUUUACCUGUGGCUGUACUGGCAUCUGUUAGUGUAAAUGAUGAUUCUGGUGACUCUCAGCGUUUAUGUCAUGAAUACAGAGGGAGUAGAUCUUCAUCUAUGCCUAGUGAUAGAUGUGGGUACCGUUUUUAUCGGAAUGUAUACGCCAUAGGUGAUGACGAUUUGCGUUGUAACAAUACGGUAUCGAUUGCUUUAUACGCAUUAUCGAAGCCAGUGUAUAUAGGGCGAUCUGAUUUCUUCCGUGAUAUGUUCACUCGUGAGAUGGUACCUGAUAUGUCCAUGCAACGUGUCGAACUUUGUAGCAUAGAUUGCUAUGGCAUAAUCUCUACAUUGAUGCAUUCUAGCGGCCCUGAAUUGGGAGGACACUAUCAAACAUGUCUCGUGUGCUACCGUCUAUCGGUAUCACAACUGGAUCUCCUGAUGUUGUAUGAAUACUUCAACACGAGUUUGCCAAAUACUGUGAGCAUAUGUGGCUGUGCUGAUAAGAAUCAUGACCUUUGCGCUACAAGGGUACGCCAAACUAUCUCUUCGGUGUCAGAGUUGAUGCUAACUGAGGUUAUAAACUAUGCUUCUAAGCUAAAGGCAACCAUUGAUGCUAGUUUGCUGCGAUCCCGAGUUGUAUUUUCGUGUGUUGGUUUUGAAUUACACCAAGACGAAUGUGAUGAUUUCGCUAUGGAAAACGAUACGAGUGACAAUAGGUCGUCCAAGGCCGAUGUCUGCCAAGGUCCACAAUUGAUCCCACGUAUGUUAUAUUCUGAGGGUUUCUCAGAAGGUAUGUUUGACGCUGCAGAGACUACUCUCCGUUCUCAAGGCUGUUUCGUGUUACAGAAGCCUUUUGAGAUACCAGAUAUACAUGAUUUUUUAGUAAAUGAGAUGCGUAGAUCAACUGCGGUUGCGGAUCAGGUCCCAGUGUGUCCUAAAGUUAUACUACGUGAUUCUUUGGACGAGCUGAUAUCCCGUGUCGAAUUGAAUUUUGGACGUAGUCACUGGGAUAUAUUUAAUGUAUCCGGGGUUGUUCAGGAUGUAUCUGUAAUGGAAGAUUUCGGGUUAGACACUAGGUCGCUAUGUGAAUAUUCCAAGGACUCCUUUUUGACGUUGCUACAAUUAUUUAAGGCAGCGUCUGAACAUUCAGAUGAUACAUCAUGUGAGAGCAUACUGGCGUCACGUGUCCUAUCUGCUGUUAUAAUACGCCGGUAUUAUGUACCUUACAUCAUCGGACUCCUUAUGUCUACGACAUAUGGUCACUAG